AUGCCUCGUAAGCGGCAGACAACAGGACGCAUUGCCACAGCUGCAUCCUCAUCAUCAAGACAACCCCCCAAACGGGUAAAGAGAAGCAGUAGGACACCCCAGACCGAUAUACAAGCUUCACAACCAGAUCUUCAUGUCCAAGCCAGUGAAGCAACACAGCAACUAGCACCAGCUCUCCAACCACCUCUUUCUGUGGAGGCCAGGCAGCAAACAACUUCGGCUCCUCAAAUGGCUCUUAAUAUGCAAGCCACACAUCUACCAGCAUUGGCUCCUCAACCAGCUCAGCAGAUGCAAGCAUACCUGCCACCUGCACAGCCUCCACAGCCCCCACAGCAGUCCCCACAACCAACUACUCAACAGUUUGGAGAAGGUAAUGACUUUGACACAUGCUCAAAGCUGAUGGAAAUGUUCAAACAGGUAGCUCAAGAGUUGGGGGUUCCACUGGCAGAAGAUAAAUCUUGGCAGCGUUUCAGACAGGCUGCACCUCAGGCACAGAUCAAACCAGUCCCAGUCCCGAGCUCCUUUCAACACCUCAUUUCCAAUAUGAGAUAG